GAAACGAAACGUUCCAGCGACAUCGUUAAAAUGAACGGAAUAACUUUGUCGAUUUUCUUCUCGUUGUUGACGUUGAAUAACGCCGAUAUUCAACGAACAUCGCUGGUUCAGACAAACUCAGGACCUGUUCAAGGCGCCACAUUGACUACUGUGUGGAAUGGCAUCGAAUAUUCAUCGUUCAAAGGCAUCCCUUAUGCCGCUCCACCAAUUGGAAAUCGUAGAUUCAGGCCUCCUGUUCCACCAGAAUCAUGGAACGAAACUCUGGACGCCAUUGAAGAGGCCAAUGAAUGUCCUCAAGAAAUAUCGAAUGUUUAUAGUGGAAAUGAAGAUUGUUUGUAUUUAAGCGUGUUUACUCCUCAGACAAAAUUCGACGAGAAAUUAACUCUGAAACCAGUUAUGGUUUGGAUUUAUGGUGGCUCAUUCCUUCGUGGAUCCAAUAACGCAUCUGUCUACGGGCCUGACUUUUUCAUGGAACAAGAUGUAGUUUUGGUUACCUUCAAUUAUCGCCUCGGUGCUUUGGGAUUUUUAUAUCUGAAACACGAAAACGCAGCUGGCAAUGCCGCAAUGAGGGAUCAGCUGAUGGUUUUGGAAUGGGUCCGUGACAAUAUCGCUGCAUUUGGAGGCGAUCCAAAUCAAGUGACGCUUUUUGGACAAAGCGCUGGCAGCGCAAGCGUGAACUAUCACGUUCUGUCUGAGAAAUCUCGUGGUCUGUUCCAUCAUGCUAUCGAGCAAAGCGGAACAGCUGCUUCGUAUCUAUACAAGACGCAAGAAGCAGCGUUUCAAACUGCUAAUAAAUUAGCCAGCGAGCUUGGCUUCCACUCUAACAAUCCAAACGAAUUGUUGAAGUUCUUCCUUGAGGCGGACGCGAAGGAUCUCGUGGCAACGACCAAUCGUGCCUUCCCGUUUGGCAGCGACUUCUCGGUACCCUUCGCGCCGAUAAAGGAGAAUCCCGAUCUCGUUGAUCCAAAGGACAUGUUCCUGUCCGAAUGUCCAAUAACCUUAGCCGCGUCUCAAAAAUUCAAUAAGAUGCCAGUGAUGCUGGGCUUCACCCACGACGAACUGUUAGAUUUCUCGGAGGACUUGUAUCAAAUUAUAAACGACACGGCGGACGCUUUGAAGGAGAUAUUUAAUUUGAAGCUGGAUCUUGUAGGACCUUACGAAGCAGUUAAGGAAUUGUCAGUGGUGUUAUCGGACUUCAUUAUGAAGGGACCAAUCGAUUUUGCUCAGAGAUUGCUCGUUCAUGGUAACGACAAUUAUCCUGUUUAUUAUUAUCAAUUGUCAUACGUGUCCAAUUAUGCGUUGCAUACACAGGACGGUAUACCUGAACCGGGUAUCGCUCACUUUGAUGACAUUGGAUUACUUUUCAACGUGGAAAGCUUGAAUGCUCCUACUAAUCCUCAGCAUCCUUUCAAUCAGUUCCGACGAAAAUUGGUCACUUUGUGGGCAAAUUUUGCGAAAUACGGGAAUCCAACUCCUGAUAACGCAAACCCAUUAAACGACGUAAUCUGGAAACAGUCUGGAAAAGCUGGACAAUUAUUGGACAUGGGUGACAAUUUCCAAAUGAUAAAUCGUACACAGGCGAUCAACGAAAGGGCGCUAUUUACGGAGAAAUAUCUGUAUUUCUCCAUGCCUAUAACGAGCGAUUGCAACGAUAUUACUUAUGCGAAUUAUUUCAGUCUUUUCUAAAAUUUCUAUCAAGAUUUUACUUUCUGAUCCAUGUUUCUUAUUAUUGGAAUGUAAACAUGUAAUAUAUGUAAAUAUAAAUAUAUCUGCAAAUUA